AUGUUCAAAUUCGCCGUUGUUAUCUUUGCUUUGAUUGCCUGUGUUGCUGCCAAACCCGGUUUCUUAGAUGCUCCUUUGGCUUACACUGCUCCAGCUGCUGUUGUCGCUGCCCCCGCCGGUGUUGUUACUGCCACCAGCAGCCAAGUUAUUGCUCGUAAUUACAAUGGUAUCGCUACUGCUCCCAUUGUAGCUAAUGUUGCUACCCCUGUUGUUGCCAAGACUGUUGCUGCCUACACUGCCCCAGUUGCUGCUGCUUAUACCGCUCCUGUUGUAGCCAAAUACGCUGCUGCCUAUUCUCAUCCUUUGGCUUACUCUUCACCUUUGGCUUACUCUUCUCCUUUGGCUUACUCUGCUUACUCUAGCCCCGUUGUUGCCAAAUAUGCUGCUGCCUACUCUCAUCCUUUGGCCUACUCCGCACCUUUGACUUAUGCUGCUGCCCCAGCUCCAGUUUUGUUUUAAAAACUGUUGCUUUGUUAACAAGUUGAUGUGAUUUGACAAAUAAACGAAAUAAUUUAUUAAAACCAAA